CCCAGCUUCAGCUUCAGCGACGCGCUGACCUGGCCCCAAGAAUGGAGUCGGUCGAUGCUGCCGCUGAGUCUCCCGACGGACUGGGAAAACUUGAACCACAUGAAUUUCGCACUGCUAAUCAGACGCACGGCAACGGUAUCGACGACGAACAAGAUGCGACCAACCGAGAUGCUAGUGGAGAUGAGACAACUGAAGGCGGAGACGAGGAUGAGGAAGAGGACGACGACGAUGAAGAGGAUGAAGAGCCUCGGUUGAAAUAUGCCUAUCUCACCAAACAUAUUCCAUCUCUAUAUCGUGGUGGAGACGCAACCAGUACAUUCCUAGCCGGAGGAGAUAAGAUGAUAGUCGGAACACAUAACGGAAAUAUUCAUAUCCUAUCAUUACCGACAUUCAAAACUCUCCGAGUUUACACAGCGCAUUCUGCAACCGUCACAUCUGCCUCGACGUCUCCAUUCCCACCACCUCUUCCAGGUCUACGAUCAACCAGUGCCAAUAGGUCGUCUGAAGAUGAGGCCCUUCUUGCCGCCAAGUCUCCUAAUGCGUCCGCGCGAGGAAAGGGCAAAACGAGAGACUCUCAUCAACUGGUGCUACCACCAACACCUUCCAAUUCCAUUUAUAUAGCCACCUCAUCAAUUGAUGGAAAUGUUUGUGUCUAUUCACUGCUCGAUCCUAAAGAUGUCCUUCUUCGGAAUUUUGGUCGGCCGGUUCAAGCUGUGGCGCUCUCUCCAGAGUAUAAGAAUGAUCGAACUUAUCUAUCAGGCGGUCGAGCUGGGCAAUUAAUUCUAACUGUUGGAGGACGGCCAGGAACGACUGAAAAUUCUACGACAUUGAGUGGCGCGGCGGCGACUGCAUCUGGAUGGUUAGGGUCUCUUGGCCUAGGUGCUAACUCUGGCAAAGAUACUGUGCUUCACAGCGGGGAGGGGGCUAUAAAUACAAUCAAGUGGUCAUUAUCGGGGAAAUAUGUUGUGUGGGUCAAUGAAGAAGGCAUCAAGAUCAUGCGUUCACAUCUUCACCUUGACCCCACUGACACAGAAUAUGCAUGGACACGAAUACGGCACAUCGACAGACCAAAUCGUCCUCAAUGGGAAGAGAUGGCAGGCGUUUGGAGAGCGCAUGCGGAAUGGGUGGACGAAAAAUCUUUUGACAUUUUAGAGGAUAACGAACCUCUGCUGGAUUCCAGUCAACUUGAUCGCCCUCAUGUGGCUAGUAUUUCACAGGAGACCGAGAAACUUGUGAUUGGCUGGGGCGGGACAAUAUGGGUUAUCAAUGUCUAUCCUGACCGUGUUCCACCUGCUGCGAGCCGAGUUGGUGAUCGAAAACUUGGGGACGCCGAGGUAGUCACAAUUUUACGAACGGAUUGUAUUAUUUCCGGUGUCGCUAUGUAUAGCCGAAACCUACUUCUUGUUUUGGCAUACCUAGAAGGCGAAAAGGAUGAUUCAGAGAAGCAUUCGCAAAGUAGCCGGAAGCAAAGAGCCGCAGAACCCGAACUUCGUCUCAUCGAUGUUGAAACGCAAGAAGAAGUUAGCGCGGACACACUCUCUGUCCAGCGAUAUCAGACCCUUUCUUCGUCUGAUUAUCAUAUGAGUGUUGUUUCGCCUCCCCGAAUUUCACCAGCUGUUGUGCAACGAGGUACCCUCGGCGUAUUGGGUACGGGACUAUUGGACGCCACGCUAUAUCCAGCAAGACUUUUCGCAUCAAAUGCCAGUAUUCGGAGUGGGGGAAGUAAUGGUGAAAAGGGCUCUGAAAGAGCUGCUAGUUCAUUCAUCUCUAACCUAACUUCAGGGGGGUCUACCAUACCAAAGGAACUGCAAACUGUAUCCGCCACAAAAGGUAUCAAAAUAUUUGUCCAUAGUCCAUUCGACUGUAUAGCUGCUGCGCCCACAGAUCUGUCAGACCAUCUUUUGUGGCUCGAAUCACAUAAUAAAUACGAAGAAGCUUGGAACCUCGUUGAUCAGCAUCCCGAAGCUUCAAAUCCUUCAUCAGAAGGACAAAAUGAAGUGUACGCCAGGUCUCAGACUAGCUUGGUAGAGUUCUUUGCCGAUGACAGCUCUUCUGUGACAACUGUGGCCCAGUCCAAAAACACAAUUUCCGAAAAAGAAAAGCGUCGUAUAGGCGAAUUGUGGCUAGAACAACUUGUUCAUGAAAAGCAGUGGGAGAGGGCAGGCGAAGUCUGUGCCAAGGUCCUGAACACAACACCUAGAUGGGAGCAUUGGAUUUGGAGGUUCAUAGAGGCGAGCAAGUUUGACGAGAUUACACAGUAUAUUCCUGUCGACAUACUCCCCCCACUUCCGUCCAAGGUAUUUGUCGUCAUUCUCGAAUAUUAUGUUUCUCACGACAAGUCACGGUUUAAAAAACUGCUUGAUCAGUGGCCGCCCGAUCUAUUCGAAAUCUCGAGUAUUAUUUCAGCAAUCGAAGAGCAACUGAACGAGGGAUACAUCGAGGCGGACUCGGAUGACUGGCGAAUCUUGGUGGAAAAGCUUGCUAAACUGUUAUUAGCCGAUGGGCGCUAUCGUGAGGCUUUGCGAUGCUAUAUACGGCUACAAGAUGCUGAGGCCGCACUUUCUUUGAUUCGAGAAUUUCGUCUAGCGCACGCCAUUUCAGACGAUAUUUUGAAAUUUAUCCUCAUCCGUGUUUCAAAACAGCAAGCGGAAAGAGCACCCAUUUCUGAGUUGGAAGAAGCCAGUGCCGAAUCCAUAAAAAUCCUUGUUCGAGAAGCAUAUAAUGGUAUCGUCCACCCAGAGACUGUCGUAUCGCAGUUGCAGACUGCAUCAGGCCGUCUGUAUCUUUAUUUUUACCUCCGCUCACUCUGGAAUGGAGAAGACCACCCAUCCAGAGCAGAAAAGCCUCGCCUCCGGGCCCGUGGACGCUAUUCUCGGGACGCGACCGAAAAACUUGCUGCAGAUGAAGGAAGGACGUUGGUAGAGCCAUUUGCCGAUGUUGCAUUAAAUCUAUUUGCCGACUACGACCGGCAGUUGCUGAUGGACUUUCUGCAAACAAGCACAUCCUACUCUUUUGAUGAGGCUUGUAAGAUCUGUGAAAUGCGACAUUAUACAUCAGAACUCAUAUACCUUCUCUCUAAGACGGGUCAGACAAAGAGGGCCCUCAAUCUGAUUUUAUCCGAUUUGAAUGAUGUCUCUCAGGCAAUAAACUUUGCUAAAGAUCAAGAUGACGCCGACUUAUGGGAGGACUUGCUAAACUACUCGAUGGACAAACCAGCCUUCAUACACGCAUUGUUGACCGAAGCGGGAACAUCAAUCGACCCGAUUAAACUCGUCAAGCGCAUCCCAAGCGGACUAGAAAUCGAGGGACUUAGAGACGGGCUUACCCGGUUACUUCGGGAUCAUGAUGUUCAAUCUAGCAUCAGUCAAGGAGCAGCCAAGGUUUUAGAAAGUGAGGUGGCAGUUGGCAUGGAUAAUCUUCGUCGGGGACAGCGGAGAGGCAUUAAAUUUGAUAUCUGCACGUCAGAAGACGUCUCUUCUUCAGUGUUGGAGAACGACAAACUAAAAGAUGUCGACGACGAAAAAAAUGCAGAUGAUGGGGGAGUUGAGCGCCCUCGUGACAUACUCAAUAAAUCUCGCCAUGUCGCCCCUGGGUUGUGCGGGGGCUGUUUGAAAGCUUUUCACAAAAAUGAAAAAGAGAUACUCGUUGGAUUUGCUUGUGGCCACAUUUUCCAUCUCUCUCACGUUAGGGAGCAGGCCCAUUCGCAUGGCGACGAAUACGCCUCCUCGGACGAGACUUCUCAGGAGUCAUCGACAAUACAGGAAGACUAUGAAACCGAGGAUCCUUCGUAUUAUGCGGCAUCUCGAACUGUCGGACCCAAAGUCAAUGCAGCGCGUCUGAUACGUGAUCGGAUCGGGGACGGGUGUCGAAUUUGUGCACUGGGCAGAGAAGUUGAGAAUGCAUCUGUCCCAGUAGGUGCAUGAAGUAUGAACAAUUAGUUUUGGUCUAGUUGGAUUGGAUUUCAUGUUGUGAUGUAGGAUUUUUGUAUGGUUCUGUAGUUUUGCAUUGAUACCCCCAAUUUACUAGGAAGUUCUGAGGUGACCCGUCUUGCGUGGUAUUCAUAAUGUUUCGGGUGGCCGUGAUAUACAUGUUUGUAAAAUUGGAAUUGACUCCUUCCCAUAUCCUUCAGGUCGCUUGCUAUAGGGUUGGAUAAUGUCUUUGCAAUGUGAAAGACGUAUAUCUUCUCAAAUGAUAGAAACGAG